UACAUCCAUGUGAUGACUUAUGACUUCCACGGCUCCUGGGACAGAAACACUGGAGAGAACAGCCCUCUGUACAAAGGCCCAGCUGACACUGGUGACUACAUCUACUUCAAUGUUGACUAUGCUAUGAAUUAUUGGAAGAGCAAUGGUGCCCCAGCUGAGAAACUAGUUGUUGGAUUCCCAACCUACGGAAAUACCUUCAAACUGCAAAACCCAUCUGACAACGGUCUUGGUGCACCCGCUUCAGGACCUGGUCCAGCUGGACCUUAUACACAGGAGGCUGGGACACUGGCUUACUAUGAGAUCUGCACUCUCUUGAAUUCUGGAGCCACUCAGGCUUGGGAUGCCCCCCAGGACGUGCCCUACGCUUACAAAGGCAACGAAUGGGUUGGCUACGACAACAUCAAGAGCUUCAACAUCAAGGUUGACUGGCUGAAGAAGAACAAUUUUGGAGGUGCUAUGGUUUGGGCCCUUGAUAUGGAUGACUUCACUGGCACUUUCUGCAAGCAGGGCAAAUAUCCCCUGAUCACCACCCUGAAGAACGGUCUUGGUCUGCAAAAUGGCAACUGCGUGCCUCCGGCUCAGCCCAACCCUCCAGUCACUGAAGCUCCUAGCCAAGGAAGUGGAAGUGGGAGUGGGAGCGGGGGCUCAGGGAGCAAUCCUGGUGGCUCUGGUGGGAGCGGCUUCUGUGCUGGGAAGGCCAACGGCAUCUAUGCAGAUCCAACCAACAAGAGCAACUUCUACAACUGCAUGAAUGGUGAAACCUUCGUGCAGAGCUGCCAGGACGGCCUCGUCUUUGAUACCAGCUGCUCCUGCUGCAACUGGCCAUGA